AACGGGAUUGAUUCUGCUUCUGCUCGACUUGUGCACUUUUAAAUUUCUGACCGUGUGACUAGACUGACGCAGGAUGCCUUCUUUUACAAACGGUGGGAAUGCCGAAUCGGAUACAUUUUUGUUCACUUCCGAGUCUGUUGGUGAAGGACAUCCAGACAAAGUUUGUGAUCAGAUAAGUGAUGCCAUACUUGAUGAGUUUCUGCGCCAGGAUCCUGAGGCUAAAGUAGCAUGUGAAUCCUUCGUAAAAAGUGGACUUAUUCUUGUUGGGGGCGAAAUCUCGUCGAACGCUGUAGUUGACAUACAGAAAACUGUCCGCGAUGUUGUGAAGCAUAUCGGUUACGAUGAUACUCACAAGGGUUUAGAUUAUAAGAAUUGCAAUGUCUUAACAGUAAUUGAGCAACAAAGUGCAGAUAUCGCAAAGGGUGUACAUGAAGGAAGAAAAAUUGAAGAUAUUGGGGCUGGAGACCAAGGAUUAAUGUUUGGUUAUGCAACUGACGAAACUGAAGAAUGUAUGCCCUUAACAGUUACCCUAUCACACGCUUUAAAUAAACGCAUAGCCACAUGUAGGCGUAAUGGUGUUUUGCCGUGGGCGGGUCCUGAUUCAAAGACUCAAGUGACCGUAGAGUAUUUAAAUGAUCAUGGAGCUUGUCGACCUUUACGAGUACAUACAGUAGUCAUUUCUACACAACAUGAUGAACAUGUAACUUUGGAAAAAGUUCGAGCUGAUUUAAUGGAAUAUGUUAUUAAAGAAGUAAUUCCUACAAAUCUCUUAGAUGAAAAAACUAAAUAUCAUUUAAAUCCAGCUGGAAGAUUUGUAAUUGGUGGUCCUCAAAGUGAUGCUGGUUUAACUGGCAGAAAAAUCAUUGUAGACACAUACGGAGGCUGGGGUGCACAUGGUGGCGGGGCGUUUUCUGGAAAAGAUUAUUCCAAAGUUGAUCGAUCCGCAGCUUAUGCAGCACGUUGGGUGGCUAAAUCCCUUGUAAAAUCUGGCCUUUGUCGCCGUGUCCUAGUUCAGCUCUCGUACGCUAUCGGGAUUGCAGAACCAUUGGCUAUUAAUGUAAACAGUUAUGGAACUGCAAAGAUUAGCGAUAAGAAAUUACUGGAUAUUAUUGUGAAUAAUUUCGAUCUACGUCCUGGAGUAAUAGUCAAAGACUUAGAUCUCCGAACACCUCGUUAUUUACAAACUGCUGUUUAUGGCCACUUUGGUCGACCGGAAUUCCCAUGGGAACAAUGUAAAAAGUUAACAUUCUAACCUGUGAAAGAUCAAGGCAUCCGUUUUUUUUGUUGAAAACCGAAUCGUGAAUAUAUUUAUAUAUAUAAUAAAUUGGAGACAAAAAUUCUGUUUGUUUACUACUUUACGUAAUUUUGCAUUUGCUAGUCACAUCCUUUUCAAUCACCUAUUACUACUCCCCCACUCCACUCUUCUACUCUCUAAAGUGUUCUCUCAUAUUUAUAUAUCGCAUCAUGGAACUGAAUCGUUCAUUAGUGUAUUUAAAAUAAUCAUUGUCAUUCCUUGGUUAUGUUGUACGAUUUUUUUAAAGAAAAAAUUAAAAUUGUAGAAGUGA